AUGAAAGUCAACGGUCUUUCGAAGGGGUUGUUCCUAGUGCAGCUUUUUGCUGCAACUGUUCUUGGAGACCUUUCGAAAACUCCGCUCUACAAAGAUGCCAAUGCGCCUGUUGAGAAAAGAGUUGAGGACCUGCUGGGUCGGAUGACGGUCGAGGAUAAGAUGGCUCAGUUGAUGCAAGGCGAUAUUACAAAUUGGAUGAACCAAACGUCAGGAGAGUUCAACUAUACAGGGCUUGUGGCAAACAUGGAGAUGAAAGCUGGCUCUUUCUACGUGGGUUAUCCUAUUCCUUGGGAUUGGCUUUCGGACAAUAUCAAGAGGGGUCAAGACUACCUUCUUCAGAAUACCACUCUCGGAAUCCCUGCCCUGGUGCAGACUGAAGGUAUCCACGGGUUUCUGAUUGGCAAUGCCACAAUCUUCAACUCUCCUAUUGGGUAUGGAAGUUCGUGGAAUACCGAUCUGGUCCAGAAGAUGGCAGAGGUCAUCGGCCGGGAAGCUCGGACACUUGGUGCUAGCCAACUCUUCGCCCCUGAGGUUGGUUUGGCUCGCGAACUCCGCUAUGGCCGGGUCGAGGAAAUAUUCUCCGAGGAUCCCUUCCUGGCAGGCGAGAUCGGCUAUAGCUAUGUGAAAGGACUGCAGAGUAAGAAUGUUUCGUCGAUGGUGAAGCAUUUCGUUGCAUACAGCAACCCAGAGCAAGGGUUAAAUACAGGACCUGUGCAUGGCGGCGAGAGAGAACUACGAACAACCUGGAUGCCAUCAUUCAAGCGAACCAUCAUUGAUGCUGGCGCAUGGGGAGUCAUGGCGGCAUAUUCCUCAUACGAUGGUGUUCCACAAGUUGCUGACUACCACACUCUCACGGAAAUUCUGAGGGAGGAAUGGGGCUACGACUACUUUGUCAUGACUGAUGCUGGUGGAAGUGACAGACUUUGCACCGCCUUCCAAAUGUGCCAGAGUGACCCUCUCGACAUGGAAUCGGUCACCGAGCAGCUGUUGACGGCUGGUAUUGACGUCGAGAUGGGAGGCGGUUCCUUCAAUUUCCAGAAAAUCCCAGAGCUCGUCAAGUCUGGAAAGUUGAAUAUUUCGGUCGUCGACAAUGCAGUAUCCAAAUUGCUCCGGGCCAAGUUCGAAAUGGGCCUUUUCGAGGAUCCCUAUCCCGCUGCUCCGGAGAACCAGUGGCAUAGCCUCAUCAAUAAUGCCGAGGCGAAGCAGGUUGCGAGAGAUUUGGACAGAGAAUCUAUCAUUCUUCUAGAAAACCAUAACGAGACACUUCCACUGAAGAAGUCCGGCAGUAUUGCGGUUAUUGGACCUAUGGCAUAUGGGUUCAUGAACUACGGUGACUAUGUGGUCUACCAAAGCCAAUACCGCGGCGUUACUCCACUCGACGGCAUCAAAACCGCCGUCGGCGACAAAGCCCAGAUCAACUACGCUCAAGGAUGCCAACGGUGGAGCAACGACCAAUCUGGAUUCGACGAAGCAAUUGAGGCCGCGAAGAAAUCCGACGUUGCCGUCGUAGUGGUUGGAACUUGGUCUCGCGAUCAAGUCCAGCUUUGGGAGGGACUGAAUGCAACCACCGGUGAGCACGUGGAUGAAGACGAUCUAUCUCUCGUUGGGGCCCAGGCUCCACUGAUCCAUGCGAUUGUCGAUACUGGUGUUCCCACCGUGCUGGUGUUGUCUAGCGGCAAACCCGUUACAGAAACAUGGCUUUCCAACACCACCGCAGCCCUAGUGCAACAGUUCUACCCAUCCGAGGAAGGAGGUAAUGCUCUCGCUGAUGUACUUUUCGGUGAUUAUAACCCGUCUGGAAAGCUGUCCGUCAGUUUCCCUCGCUUUGUGGGCGAUCUGCCCGUCUUCUACGAUUACCUGAACUCGGGCCGCGCCAUCACCAACUCGGGCUACGAGACCUGUAAUGGGACCCUUGUCUUUGGCCAUCAAUAUGUUCUAGGCAAUCCCACGCCAUGGUACCCAUUCGGCUAUGGCAAGAGUUACUCCACUUUCAAGUAUGGGUCUGUCAGUCUCGAUCACAGCCAGAUUUCUGCGUCUGACAGCACCGUUACUGUUUCCGUUGACGUGACCAAUGCUGACUCGAAGCGAGACGGGACUGAGGUAGUCCAGGUCUAUGUCUCGGAUGAGAUCACCUCGGUGGUUGUCCCGAACCGACAGCUCAAGGGCUUUGCGAAGGUGGUGAUCCCUGCUGGACAGACCAAGACUGUUAAGAUUCCAAUCAAGAUUGAAGAUCUUGGGCUGUGGAAUACCCGUAUGAAAUAUGUUGUGGAGCCAGGCAAUUUUACUGUGCUGGUUGGAAGCAGUUCGGAGGAUAUUAGGGGCAAUGCUACACUGACUGUACAGUAA